AUGACGAAUGAGCCGCCGAUGGGUCUCAGGGCGAAUCUGUUGCGGUCAUACCACAGCGACCCCAUAUCGGACCCGGCGUUUUUCAAUGGCUGCAAUAAAACCAAAGUAAGUUUUGUUGUGUUCCUUGUGUUCCUCAACCUGGUGUUGUUGCUGUUGCUUAACUUGUAGCUAUUCCCUGCAGGUUUGGAAGAAAUUGCUGUUCAGUUUGUGUUUCUUCCAUGCGCUAGUCCAAGAGAGAAGGAAUUUUGGUCCGUUGGGUUGGAAUAUUCCUUAUGAGUUCAACGAGUCCGACCUCCGGAUAAGCGUGCGCCAACAACAGGUGAGCAACGCUCAGUACUUUUACCCUUUCACUACUAAAGAUGGCUUAAGUCAAGAUUGAACAGCAGUUCUAAAUUUCAUUUUGAAAAAUGUUGUAAAGCAUGUAGUACCAUGUGAAAGUACCGCUGAAGAGGUUUCAUUCGAAUGGUCACUACAUGGAUAUCAUCCAUAGAUUCAAUAGUUAGAACUACAUACGAAACAAAUAGUACCAUGUGAAAGUACUGCUGAAAAGGAUUCAUUUGAAUGGUCACACCAUAGGAUUUCAUCCACAGACGCAAAAGUUAGGACUACGUGCAAAACAAAUAAUACCAUGUGAAAGAACUGUUGAAGAGGUUUCAUUUGAAUGGUCACAUCAUAGGAUUUUGUCCUCAGAGUCAUUCAGCUCUGGCAGCAGACGAGUUAAUGAUCCUUACUCGGAAUUAGAAUUUCGAUUUUAUUCAAGUUCAUUCAUUUCUAAAAAUUUAUUUAAUUUUAAAAGCAGUGAACUAAGAUAAAAAGGUGCCACAGACGAGUUCCGCAAGUCUGGGACGGCGUAUUUUUGGAAGCAAGUGGACGGGGUGUAUGUUAUUUAAUAUUACAAUCGCAGUACCUAGAUAAAGCACAUAUGAGAUGUUAUGCGCUUGCUUCACCGUACACAUUUGUAAUUAGCUCUGUGGGACCUGUAGCUGACAGAGACGAAAAUAACUUUAUUUCUGUGUCAAACAUACUACUGCAGUCUUGAAGUUAGGGGACUGUUUCCCUCUACAGAUGUUUCUUAAUGAUUAUGAUGAUGUUCCGCUGGAGGCUCUAACCUAUCUUACUGGACAGUGCAACUACGGAGGAAGAGUCACCGAUGAGAGAGACAGGUAGUUAACUCUUGAAGUUCUAACUGCAUGGUUUUCCCGCGAAAGACGUGUGAAGAUCGAUUCAUAAUAAAAAAAAAAAGUAUAUGAGAAUUAAUGAAAUUCUCACCAGAGGAAACAUUGCUUUGAUCUUUUAAAAAAUUCUGUCAACUAAUGUUUUAAGGAAAUGUAUGGAGAUCAGUUUGGAGAAUUUGUAUGAGGAUCUUGGGGCUUUAAGGGUUAAUUUAAAUACUUGCAAGCUGAACUCUUUUGACAGAAGCAUAGGAUACUGUUUCAGAGACCAUUUUUACGAUUUAUUGUCCUACUAAUCGUUACCAGCACAACCCGCCACCAUAAAUUUCAUCAUCAUCAUCGUCAAUAGCAUCAAAAACUCGUCAUCAUCUAUGCCAUCCUCGUCUCAUCUCCAUCGUCAUCAUCAUUGUCAUCAUCAUUAUCACCAUCGCAUCAUGAACAUUAUCGUUAUUAUUAUAAUUUUUUCCUAGG